AUGGACGUCAUCGUGCCCACGAAAAUCAACGUCAUGAACGGAUCGGAUAUCAAAAUCCCGUGCACGUUCACCUCCUGCUACAAGAUCGACGCCAACAAGUUUGUCAUGAACUGGACGUACCACGAAUCGGUCAACGACACGGAGCGCGUGCUUUUGGCGUACUACAAGAAAAAGGGAAUGGUGGCGCUGCGCCCCGACCGCUUCGCCGAUCGGGUCCAGUUUGCGGGGAACCUGGAAAAGAACGACGUGUCCAUCACUUUGUUGGACGUGCAGGAGGAAGACGAAGGCAUUUACAACUGUUACGUCAUCAAUCCUCCGGACCGCAUACACGGACGCGGGGCCGUCAAGCUCAACGUGUUCACUGAACUCCCCCCGCCGAGGGACUCCACCAUCGCGGUGGCCAUCGGGGCGUCGGUGGGCGGCGUGCUGGCCCUCCUCAUCCUCUCCAUGGUGGUGGUGAAGUUUCUCCGGCAUCACCUCAAGCGGGAUCUGAGCUCGGAGGAGAAGAUGGAGGAGGAGGGCAAGCUCGAGGCCGAGGGGGCCGCCGAGGAGGGAACCAAACAACCAUAAAUGGGCGACCGCUCCGCACGGCUGCAAAACUGCCAACCCAGCACCCCCCUGCCACCCCCCC